CAAUUUAGCCUUUGUUACUCGUAGCAACAAAAAAACAAAUUUCGACCCUAGUCCACCUCACUGAAACUCACGGCCGCAAGCCAACCCCCGCCUCGCCUCUCUAAGUAUUAAUUAAGACCCCUACGCAGUUGAGCUCCGAUCACGGCCCUCCCUCCAACACAUUCAUUUGAACCGCUUUUGGCCCGCCUUUCUCAGUUUCACAGCCUCGCGGGUCUUGGUCUAUGUCCUCUUCCAAAUGUGCUCGUCAUUAAUGCUUCUCCUUUGGCUCAUUUCUUGUGCUUUUAUCAGGGUUGUUUAGUCGUUUUCUGAACUGGGUCUGUGAAUUUUCAGGGCAAGUAUUACUCUGGGAAAGGUGUGAAUCAGUAUUCUGUAACUCUCUAUGUUAUACCACCAUGCCCACCAUAGAUGUUCUUCUCUCUCUAUCCUCUCAUACAAACUCAAACUAAUCCAAACCCAAACUCACAUUCCAACCCACUCACUUCAUACACUCACCGAAUCAAUCUCAAACCGCUCACCGACUCAGCCUCACUCUGAUCUCCUCCCACUUGUAUCUCGUGUCCAAUCCCUUCGCCAAGCUAAGCAAGCCCACGCCUUAGCCCUUCUCAAUGGCUUCCUUCCUCGAAGCGUCUCUCUAUGUGCUUCCCUCAUUCUUAGCUACGCCAUAUUUGGAGCCCAUACAACUUGUCGUUUUCUCUUCGAAGGAACCAUUAAAUAUUGUCGUACGUCCUUCCUGUGGAACACUCUCAUUCGGGCCUAUUCCAUUGUUGGGAUUCAUGACGGGUUUCAGAUUUACAAUCGGAUGGUUCAAAAUGGUGUUGUUUUGGAUGAUCAUACUUUCCCUUUUGUCCUUAAGCUGUGUUCUGAUUUUUUGGAAUUUCGUAAGGGUGUGGAGAUUCAUGGGACUGUUGUGAAGUUGGGUUUUGGUUAUGAUGUUUUUGUUGGGAAUACUCUGUUGUCGUUUUAUGGUAACUGUGGGAACAUGACUGGUGUAAGGAAAGCGUUCGAUGAAAUGCAUGAGAGAGAUGUUGUGUCCUGGAAUACGAUAAUAGGGGUGUUUUCUGUUAAUGGGUUCAACAUGGAAGCACUUAAAUCUUAUAGAGAAUUGAACUCAACUUCUGGCAUUAGGUCAAAUUCUGUGAGUGUUAUCUCUGUGUUACCUGUUUGUGUUGAUCUUGAAGACGAGCUUAUGGCUAGGCAGAUUCAUUGCUAUGUUGCCAAGGUUGGUUUGGACCAUCUUGUAACUAUUGGCAAUGCAUUAAUUGAUGUGUAUGGGAAAUGUCGUAAUGUGAAGGCCUCCAAGCAAGUUUUUGAUGAAAUGAUGGAUAGGAAUGAGGUUUCUUGGAAUGCAGCUAUUACUAGUCUCACUUAUAUUGGGCGCAGCUAUGAAGCCUUAGAUGUCUUUAGGUCAAUGAUUAUUUUACGGGCUGGUCCAAACUCUAUAACAAUUUCCAGCAUGCUUCCAGUUUUAGUUGAACUAGGAUUCUUUAAAGCUGCUAAGGAAAUCCAUGGAUUCAGUAUAAGAAUAAACAUUGAAUCCGAUGUCUUCAUUUCCAACUCGUUAAUUGAUAUGUACGCAAAAUCGGGUUGUUUAACUGCAGCGUCCAAUGUGUUCCAUCAUAUGUUAGAAAAGAAUAUUGUUUCUUGGAAUGCCAUGGUCGCUAACUUUGCUCUAAACAAGCUUGAGUUUGCAGCCAUCGAACUUGUUAGACAAAUGCAAACUGAUGGUGAAACUCCUAACUCUGUGACUCUCACUAACGUUCUUCCAGCUUGUUCUAGAUUAGGUUCUCUUCGUCCCGGAAAAGAAAUUCAUGCCAGGGCAAUUCGUAUAGGGUUGGCAUUUGAUUUGUUUGUCUCCAACGCUUUGAUAGACGUGUAUACAAAAUGUGGUUACCUAUCUCUUGCUCGAAAUGUCUUUAAUAUCUCGUUACAGGAUGAAGUAUCUUAUAACACACUGAUUGUGGGUUAUUCUCAAUCUACUGAUUGCUCAGAAUCGCUUAAAUUGUUUUCUGAAAUGAAGCUUUCAGGAAUGGCACAUGACACUGUUUCCUUCGUGGGUGUGAUAUCAGCGUGUGAAAAGCUUGGCGCAAUCAAACACGGCAAAGAAGUCCAUGGAUCCUUGAUAAGAAAGUUUUUUCACACUCAUGUUUUUGUUGCAAACUCACUCUUGGACCUCUACACUAAAUGUGGACGAAUCGAUCUUGCUAGAAAGGUCUUUGAACGGAUUUCAGACAAAGAUCUAACCUCUUGGAACACCAUGAUUUUGGGAUAUGGAAUGCUAGGGGAGCUAGACAAUGCAAUUGGUCUCUUUGAAGCAAUGAGGAAAAAUGGUGUGGAACAUGAUUCAGUAUCAUAUAUUGCAGUUUUGUCAGCUUGUAGCCAUGGAGGGCUGAUUGAAAAGGGAAAGAAAUACUUUGAAGAGAUGCAGGAUAGAAACAUUAAGCCAAAACAAACACACUAUGCUUGUAUGGUUGAUCUUUUCGGACGAGCUGGCCUUAUGGAAGAAGCAUCUGAGCUCAUUAGAGGACUGCCCGUUGCCCCAGAUGCUAAUGUCUGGGGUGCGUUGCUUGGAGCAUGUAGAAUCCAUGGAAAUGUGGAACUGGGAACUUGGGCAGCUGAGAAUCUGUUCAGGUUAAAGCCUCAGCAUUCUGGUUAUUACAUACUUCUUUCGAACAUGUAUGCAGAGGCAGGGAGAUGGAGUGAGGCGAAUAUGGUGAGGGAAUUGAUGAAGUCGAGGGGAGUGAAGAAGAGCCCUGGUUGUAGUUGGGUUCAGAUUCGCGAUCAGGUGCAUGCUUUUGGUGUUGGAGAGAGAAUAGAACGCUUAGAUUCUAAUAUUUGGAGAGCAGAAUCUUUGUAGCUGUUUCUAAUAAUAAAAAUUAAGUUUGAUAGAAGCUUAGGAAAUGGUAGUUGGAAUCUGUUUUAUGGCUUGAUUCUCCAUGGAGUUAAAGAGACUAACUAAACUAAGCUGGCCAUUUGAAUCCGCUAAUAUUACAGAUAUUAUCAGUAUAUAAGACAUCUGAACUUCAUUGUAUCUUUUAGAAUUACUUUUUCCAAAAAUCUGGAGAUGAGUUACAUCUCAACUUCAUUGAUUUUUAUGAAAAAAGCUAGAGAUGGAAAGUUUAGUAGUAAUUUGACACAUCUUUAAUGUGUUUGACCAUACAUAUCAAUGUAAUACAUGCAUAGAAAGAUGAGUAACAGACAUGGAACUCUAGCCACUUCUUGAUGGUGUUUUUAAUUAGUUCUUAUAAGACACUCUUAUUGCAAUUAUUAUUAUUAUUAUUAUUAAAAAGAUAUGUUUGUUGUUUCCAUGUUUUAUAUAAAGAAAUAUUAGCACAAUAUAUAAGUGUUGAACUAA